AUGGUGCCUGCGACGAUCACCCGGGUGGUGAUCCUCGUCCUGGGUCACCUCUACCCCGCCUACGCCUCCUACAAGGCCAUCCAGAGUCGAAACACGCGGGAAUACGUGAAGUGGAUGAUGUACUGGAUCGUGCUGGCCCUGUUCACGUGUGCCGAGACCCUGGCGGACAUCUUCCUGUCCUUCUGGUUCCCCCUCUACGAAGAGAUCAAGAUCCUCCUGAUCAUCUGGUUCAUCUCCCCCGCGACCCGGGGCUCCAGCUUCCUGUACCGCCGCUUCGUCCACCCUUUCCUCCAGGAAAAGUCGGGCGAGAUCGACGAGUACGUGCAGAACGCCCAGAGACAGGGGACCCGGGCGAUGCUCGACCUGGGUCGCAAGGGCGUCGCUUGUGCCUCCAACCUCCUCCUCGAGUUCAGCGCCAAGGCCUAUUCCUUCACCUCCCAGUCCCUCGUCCAGGGGACGCGGCCCGGUGAAGGCGAUGGGAACGGGGAGGGAGGGAAGGAGCAGGGAGGGAGGCCGGUCCGGUCCCGGAACACGUUGCCGUCGCUUCCGAAUCGACAGUUCUCGGCCUCGCAGAUGGAUCUGGGGACUCGCACCGCCGCUGGAUCGUCCCAGGAUUUCCAGGUUCAAUCCCCAUCUGUUCCAUAG